GGUGCCUGCACAUCUGCAUGUGGAAGGGACAGUUCUCUCCCCCUGCUGUUACGUGGAGUGAGAAGAAAGACGGCUUCCAGCGGCGGUCUUCACCACUCAGUCAGUGUGGGUCCUCUGUGUCGAGGACAGACCUUCCAAUCUGCAAGUAAAUGGCAGCUCUGACUGGAAUCGUACAUCGGUGAUGGACCAUGAGGCUAUGCCAUAGCAACCACCCUUUGUCCCUGCGCCCUCUGCUGGACCUCCCAGGCAUCCAAUGGUGGCCCUUCAGUAGGCGGGGCACCGUGCCCUUACCCUCUCACAGACUCCCCCACAGACAUGUGACCACUGAGAGCCCCGCCUCUCAGCCAGGUGGGCAGGGCUUGGUGGAGGUGCUCGGGCAGAGCUACCCCCGUGAUGACUACACCAACGUGACGGCCAAGAUCCUCUCUAAGGUUGGCCGCAACCUGCACAACCAGGCGUACCACCCGCUGUGGCUCAUCAAAGAGCGCAUCAAGGCGUACUUCUAUGAGUCCUACACAGGUCGUUGGGGCAAGCGCCUUUUCUCCGUCUACGACAACCUGAGCCCAGUGGUGACGGUGGAGCAGAACUUCGACAGCCUCCUGACUCCCCUGGACCACGCCAGCCGCAACAAAGGGGACAACUACUACCUGAACCGUGGCGUGAUGCUGCGGGCGCACACCUCCGCCCACCAGCGUGACCUGGUGCGCUGCGGCCUUGAUGCCUUCCUGGUGGCCGGGGAUGUGUACCGAAGGGAUGAGAUCGAUGCCACUCACUACCCUGUCUUCCACCAGAUGGAGGGCGUCCGCCUUUUCUCCGAACACGAACUAUUUGCGUCCGUGAAGCAUGGGGAGGACCUGCGUUUGUUUGAGCUUGGCGGCCGGCGCACUGCGGAGAAGCAGGAGAUGCACACGCUGGAGGCCGUCAAGCUGGUGGAGUUCAACCUGAAGCAGGCACUUACCCGCCUCAUCAGGCACCUUUUUGGGGAAGACUUGGAGGUCCGCUGGGUCGAUUGCUCCUUCCCCUUCACUCACCCCUCAUUUGAGAUGGAGGUGAACUUCCAGGGCCGAUGGCUAGAGGUUCUGGGCUGCGGGGUGAUGGAACAACGGCUGGUCCAAUCAGCCGGCGCCGACAACAAGAUAGGCUGGGCCUUUGGAUUGGGCCUGGAGCGUCUGGCCAUGGUCCUCUACGGGAUCCCCGACAUCCGCCUCUUCUGGAGCCAGGACGAGCGCUUCCUCCGCCAGUUCCGCUUACCCCACAUCAACGACCCCGUCAGCUUCCAGCCCCUUAGUAAAUAUCCGCCUUUGAUGAACGACAUUUCCUUCUGGAUACCUGCUGAUGGCUUCACUGCGAAUGACUUCUAUGACCUAGUGAGGACCAUUGGCAGUGACCUGGUGGAGGAGGUCUCCCUGGUGGAUCAGUUCACUCACCCCAAGACGAAGAAGGUCAGCCACUGCUACCGAAUCACUUACCGCCACAUGGAGAGGACCUUGACCCAGGAGGAGGUGCGGGUCGUCCACCGGGCCAUCGAGGAGGCAGCGGAGCGAGAGCUGGGCAUACAGGGGAGGUUCUGACCUGCUGCGCACCCCCACAGAGUUGGUACAACCUGUACAAUGAAGCCUCGGGCCUCCUGUGUCAUCCGUCCAACAGCGUUGGACUUUUCCUGUCCAAUUAACCAUCAGCCCACUCUGGUCGCAGAGGGGCUAUUUAAAAUAACUCAGUCAUUCAGAUUCUGAGCUUGAAUGGAAAUGUUUUUCAUAUCUUUUUGAUGAACUCUUAGCCUCUCUAUCCUGCUGCCAUUUUGCCCCCAAUAGAGGCUUAUUCGGAAAAUAAUACAUAGCCAGCUUAAUGGUCUUGUAUACAUUUGCCUAUUGGCUGUCUAAGGCAGCCAUUUUUUGGUUGACUAUGAAGCUAUUUCGCUUCUAAUGAAUGAAAUGGACAGAAAUCUUGUGUAAUUCUUGGCAAAUGUAGAAGACUUUCUCCAUAAAAUUGUAGGAAUUCACUGGAGAUUAAUUUACUUCUGUCUCCACGUCAUUUUAUUCACAAAAAUUAAAGUUUCAGAGACUGGCUUUUC